AUGCGCGAGAGUGCACCAGCAGUCGAUAUCUUAGAACCGAGCAACGAUCCUUGGUAUACGGCACCACCAAACUUCGAGCACGCAGCGCCGGGGACAAUACUCAAGAUCCGAGCUGCUGCUGGGAAUCUCACAACUGUGCAGGGCAACUCGAGCGCAGCAUACAAUAUUCUAUACAGGACGACAGAUUCCCGAUACCUGCCGACAUGGGCUGUUACCACACUCUUUGUCCCGAAUACGACGAAUGGCAACAACAAACUUCUUUCCUACCAAAUACCAUACGAUUCCGCAGACGUCGAUGCUAGUCCUUCCUAUUCUCUUUAUGGCGCGAAGCUAGCCGACAUUGGCGCUGCAUUGGGCAGAGGCUGGUAUGUCAAUGUACCUGACUAUGAAGGUCCUCUGGCAAGUUUCACAGCCGGCGUAAUGUCUGGUCACGCCACAAUCGAUUCCAUUCGAGCAGUCCUCCACUCUGGUUUCGGUCUUCAAAACGGCACAAGAUAUGCCAUGUGGGGCUACAGUGGCGGAGCAUUGGCAAGCGAGUGGGCAGCUGAGUUGCAAGUGCAGUACGCAUCAGAGUUGAACUUCGCAGGCGCAGCACUAGGUGGGCUGACACCCAAUGUGACAUCCGUACUCGAGAUCACCACGGGGACUAUCUAUGCCGGUCUGAUCCCCGCAGGAAUCCUCGGACUCGCGAGCCAGUACCCUGAUCUGGAGCAAUACCUCAUGGAAAACCUGAAGCAAGAGGGCGAAUAUAACGCGACCACAUUCUUCAACGCACGAAACCAGACACUCGUCGAAGCGAUCGGAGCUUUCAACGGCGACAACAUCUUCGACUACUUCGAGCAAGGUUUGGAGACUCUGUCUUCUGGCGUAUCCCAGCGUGUGAUCAAUCGUGAUGGGAUCAUGGGUUAUCAUGGGGUGCCUCAGAUGCCCAUUUUUGCCUACAAGGCGAUUGGAGAUGAUGUCAGUCUGAUCAACGACACGGAUAAGCUGGUGGAGAGAUUCUGCGGAGUGGGCGCAACGAUCAGAUACGAUCGCAAUACUGUUGGCAAUCAUGGAUCGGAGUCUGCGAAUGGCAACGCCCGUGCUGUAGCGUUCUUGGACAGUGUGCUUGGAGGAAGUUAUAAUGCGACGGGUUGUCAGAUUCAAAAUGUGACGGUGGGCAUGUAG